UAGACGGAAGCCGACGAGUAACUCCUCCUCUUCCCAAAAUACCCAUUACUCUUUGCGCGCUUUCGAGUACGAUAAGCGGGGACUGGAAUCAAACAGAAUCCAUAGUGAAAAUGGCCGACUCGUUGUUCUUCACUGGUCUCGCUACAUUACUAGCUAUUUCUGUCGGGAUCUUGCUAUUGAUUGACUUUAAGCAGUCACAGCCGUAUCUAGAUGAAAUAUUCCAUAUUCCACAAGCUCAGCAAUACUGCGAGUACAAGUUUUCUGAAUGGGAUCCUAAAAUAACAACGCUUCCAGGACUGUACCUGGUUUCACUCGCAAUUCUACGCGUGGCAGCAUUUUUCUCAUCCACUGAACUUAUUGAUGUCUGUUCUGUGCUCUGGUUACGUUUUACCAACGUUUUCUUUGUCAUUGGGAAUGCUUGGCUAUUGCGAGAAGUUCUAAUACAAUUGAAUUUGCAGAAUUCAAGAAAGUCCUUUCCGAAUAAAGACAAGAAAGAGAACACUUACACAGAAGAUGUUCUUAAGACCAAGUCCACCAUCACUGCACUGGUUCUCAGCACCUUCCCAGUUCUUUACUUCUUCACAUUUCUCUACUACACUGAUUCAGGCUCCACUUGUUUUGUGUUACUGAUGUAUCUGAUGAGUCUUAAACAGAGCCAUGUGGCUGCAGCACUUUCUGGCAUAGCGGCAAUCAUGUUUAGACAAACCAAUGUGAUAUGGGUGGUAUUUUCUGCUGGAACAGUGGCCCUGAAAAAACUUGAGCAAUACAGAGAACUUAAGAACCAAAAAUCUCAAAGCUUACCUAGAGAGAUCAUUCUGUAUGUUCAAUUAUUCUUCAAGCACUGUAUUUCUAUGUGUUUUGUACUUUGGACUUAUGGCCUAGUCGUAUUGGGAUUUGGGGGCUUCAUAAUUGCGAAUAAGGGUAUUGUUGUAGGCGAUAGAAGUAGCCAUGAGGCAUGCUUGAAUUUCCCACAGCUUUUCUACUUUUUGGCAUUCACUUUAUUUUUCAGUAUCCCCUUACUUAUACUUCCAAGUAAUAUCAUAGACUUUCUAAAUUUCCUAAAAACUUUAGUACAAAGGCCUUUGAAGUUACUGAAAUGUAUUUUGGUGUUAUUUUGCAUGGCUUUUUUGGUUUAUCACUUUACAUAUGUUCACAAAUAUCUACUAGCAGACAAUCGACAUUACCCGUUUUAUGUCUGGCGCAAAUUCUAUGCCCGUCAUUGGUUGGCAAGAUAUCUAGCUAUUCCUGUGUAUGCAUAUACAGGUUUUUCUCUAACAGCAAUAUUAUCAAAGAAACAGCAAAGCAUUUGGCAGUUAUUGUUCUGGAUUUGCGUCACUCUUGCUACUGUGCCUCAAAAAUUAUUUGAGUUCCGUUACUUCAUUAUUCCAUAUAUUUUCUGUAGAAUACAUUCACCUCUUGCAUCCUACAUUAGUAUAGUACUUGAGUUUGUUUUGUAUUUUGCCAUAAAUUUUAUCACUGUAUAUUUGUUUAUUGAAAAACCUUUUGUUUGGGAAAACGAACCUAAUCAAGUACAGAGAUUUAUUGGUAAAAUGAAUAUGAUUGCAGGUACGAAAUUGUCAAUAAACGUGAUAUGUGAAAAGGUUUGCCUAUUUUUGUUACGAUGUUUUCUUGAGCUAUACCUUUUCAAAACUCGAAACUCCAGGCUCGUACACAGGGGGAUGCGCAGGGUGCGCGCGCACCCCCCUCUUGGCGGCCAAAGGUAGGUCAUUUCUUAUUAAGAAAUCUUCAAAUACUAUGCUUUUUCCAUAUAAUACAUAUGACUGCGCAUCCCCCCCCCUCGGCCAAUCCUGGGUACGCGUCUGACUCGGGUGAGGCCUGACUUGGCAAACAUUUUUUAAUCGUAUGGAGUCAAAAAAAAAGAUUGUAUUUUUGUUUCUUGCUUCAUAACAAUGUCAUGUCUCUGAUCGUUUGUGUUGGAACAAUUUCAAGCUUUUUUCCUGUAUGUAGCAUGUUUCCGUAGCUUAGUUAAAUUGCCUAGCAAAUUCCAAAGAGACCAGAAAGUGGAUGGCAAGCUUGUUUUGGCCGAAACUUUGGGAUUGCAGUCUGGUCGUGUAUAGGAUAAUAUGGACAUUAUCGAGAUUCGAAAAAUAAAAUCCAAGACUUUAUUACUUUACAAUGACGGUGCGUAUCAGAAGGGGGUAGAUAUUUGCAAAAAAAUAAUGAUUUGUUAAUUUUCAUAAGAAAAGAACGCUUCUUGAUCUUCGUGAUGGAAACGCGCCAUUGAAAUUAUGAUAUUUGUAGAUAUGGGUUACCUGCGGAUUAUGCUUAUAUUUCCAAGAAAGCAAAUCGGUAGUUUCCGGCUUUACGGGGAACGAAAUCAGUUGUCAUAAUUUUCUCUUUAAUAUGGACUCUCUCACAAAGCAUACCAGCAAAACUCAAGUUUUCUCUGGUCAUGAAUAGCUGCACUACUUGUGGUAAGUUUUGUAGGAUGGAUGUUAUAUGAAAAUACGGUUUAAUUUUAAAUUCUCUGCGAAGAUAACGAUAACUCAGAGAGAGGGAGAGAAAGAGCGAAUUUAUCUGGUGACAAUUGAUCCGAAACGUUGCUCAACUUUUUUAUCAUGAUUGUACUAGUUGUGUUUACGAUUUACACCAGCGGAAGGAUGCUAAUUUAUUAUUUAUUUUCAGUAUUUGCUUCGGAAGCUAGUUCUGGCAUAGUAACGUUAGGAGACUAACGUUAAACAAUGGUAUAUACAUAAUGCUUCGUAGAUUUUGGUCAGAGCCAAGCAUAGAUAACCUCUAAUGGAUGAUUGUUUUGAUUUAUCCAUAUUCUUCGAACGCAUGGUUACUUUCGGCAGUGCGGAACAUUACCAUUUUUGGUUAUAUUUGAUAAACAAUCUGAUUAACCAAUCAGAGAUGAGUAUUAAUAUGCCCAGUCUCACGCGGACACGCCUCAACUCAGAGUUGGAAAACAAAAUGGCGGUUCCGUUGAAUCGGGAUAAUCAUGUUGAACGCCGCUUUUUAACUCUCUGCUAGCAGUGAUUUCUUCUUAUCUGUUUAAGCAGGGAUUUCACCGACUCAGUGCGUCAUAUAUACCCUAUUUGUGUUGUUUCUCAUCGGCAACAGACCUCAUUUGCAGGGUUAUUUUUACGACUUCACCGAAUCGUACUGUAAUGAACGUGGAAGGGUAAGCCACUGCUAGCAGGCUAUAACAAUAAUCACCAAUUAUCUAGUUGUACCUUUAAUCAAGUCAUACAAAUGCACAAAAUUUCCCUGGAUUUAUCUUGCUUUCGCACUCGGAAUGAAGACACUCCAAGAAAAAUUUUAGCUGGGAUAUUGAAACUAAAAUGAAUCUUAUACAGAAUGGCAGCGAGUCUCACUAAAAAAAAUGAAGCUAAAUCGUAUACAGAUUGGCCGCGAGUCACUGUUUAUUGUAUGCAAUUUAAAGACACUACAUGAAAGUACUGUUUAAAUGUUUAUAUUUGAUCCUGGAAUAAAUAGAUUUGCUAUGAUCAGUAAAUCUCAGUGAUGGCAGCCAUUAUUCAUUGCUGCAUUAGUUUGCUAUUACUCGUUGUAAAAAAAAGUCCUCACCAGAAAUGCUCACAUUAUGUCUUUUUUAUAAAUGGAUUCUAGAGGGGGCACUUCUUUGAGGGGCUAUGUAAUGUGCUUAUUCAAUGAAGGGUGUAUGUAUACCUCAGUAUCAGAACCAUCCCCAAAGGACUUCAUUGUAUCCAGCUCUGUUUUCAUCAUGAUUCAUUUUAUUAAAAAAAAGGAAGUUUUGUGACACAAAUCGUGCUUAAUACACAGGUUCUAACACCAAGUUAGAGUCAUUGAGGGUGUAUUUCAUUAUGUGUGCA